CACCAGUAUGUGACGUCAGCGGCUUGUUGGAUUGAGGUGCUUUGUCCUGCUGAUUUAAUCCCAACUCAUUAAGGAACUGCGAGCAAGUGUCUGCAAAAGCGCUCCGGGGGAGAGAAAGUGACAGAAGACGGAAAGAGCAUAAAACGUUCCAUCAAGGGAGAUAAGUGGAGCUUAUUUAUGACUUGAAGACACAAGAAGGAGUCUUUUAUUCUUCUUUCUCGGAGCUUGCAGGCUUUAUUUUUUACAUUCUUGGUCCUAAACUUCUUUCCUUUUUCUUGAAUCGUGUGGCUUGGUCAAGCAUGCCCACAAACGGAAUCAACAGAGCUCUGAAGCUCCAGUUUGGCCUCAUCAACUAUGAGAACCGCUACCUAACGGCGGAGGCCUUCGGCUUCAAGGUGAACGCCUCAGGCACCAGCAUGAAGAAGAAGCAGAUCUGGACCUUGGAACAGGACGAGCACGAUGGCCAGGUGGUGUUCCUUCGCAGCCACCUGGGGCGCUACCUGGCUUCCGACAAAGACGGGAAGAUCACAUGCGGGGCCGAAAGUCCUGAUCCAGAGUGCCGCUUCUUGAUCGUUCCCCAGUCCGAUGGUCGCUGGGCGCUGCAGUCGGAGCCUUACCUGCGUUACUUUGGAGGCUCGGCUGACUACCUGUCUUGCUUUGCCCAGGUGAUUGCAGAACAAGAGCUGUGGGCUGUACAUUUGGCUCUGCACCCACAAGCCAGUCUGCUCAGCGUGGCGCGGAAACGAUAUGCCCACCUGUCCGCUUCCGACGGGGAGAUCUCAGUGGACAGCAACAUCCCUUGGGGGGUGGACUCUUUAGUCACCUUGGUGUACCAGGAUGGCAAGUACAGCUUGAAAACCUGCGACAGCCGCUUCCUCAGCAACGACGGUAAACUAGUGAAGGAGAACACCAACACCACCAGCUUCACACUCGAGCUGAAAUCGGGCAAGCUGGCCUUCAAGGACUGUGACGGCAAAUAUCUGACCCCGGUGGGUCCAACGGGUACGCUGCGCUCGGGACGGUGCUCCAAGCCGGGAAAAGAUGAGCUCUUUGACCUUGAGGAAAGUCAUCCACAAGUAGUUUUUCAAGCAGCCAAUAAAAGAUUUGUCUCUGUCAAGCAAGGUGUGAGUAUUUCAGCCAAUCAGGAUGUGGAGACGGACAUGGAGACGUUCCAGAUGGAGAUUGACAAGAAGAGCAAAAAGUCCAUGUUCAGAACCAACGGGGGGUCCUACUGGACACUUGUGACUCACGGAGAGAUUCAGUCCACUGCAUCAGAAGUAGAGAUCAAUACAAUGUUUGACAUCGAGUGGCGGGGGCAAAGGGUGGCCUUGAAAGCAUGCAAUGGGAAGUACGUGUGCACAAAGAAAAACGGGCAGCUCUCAGCCGUGAGUGAUGCUGUAGGUGAGUGCUUAUACGGAAGGCGAUUUGACAUGAUUGCUGGAAGAUACGGCUAUGACAGUAACGUUUUAUACCCUGAAGGAGAAGAUGAAUUAUUCCUGAUGAAGCUCAUCAACCGUCCGAUGCUGAUCCUCCGUGGAGAGAAUGGCUUUGUGUGUCACCACAAAAACUCCAACACUCUAGACGCCAACCGAUCUGUCUACGAUAUUUUCUCAUUGAUCUUCAACGACGGCGCCUACAAUGUUAAGAGUGUGAAUGGAAGGUUCUGGUACGUCUCCAGCAGCGGCCUUGUGUGCUCAGAUGGAGAAAAGCCAGAAGAUUUUUUCUUGGAGUUCCUGGAACACGGGCGCAUUGCCAUUAAGUGUUCUAAUGGCAAGUACCUUCGAGGAGACCAGGGAGGCACUGUGAUGGGUGAUCGCACUUCUGUUGAUGCGUCCUCUCUUUGGGAGUACUAAAACCUAUUUACCCCAAAGAAUGGUCCAAGAAGAUGAUUGAUGAGGUGAAGGAGCUGCUGCUAUCAGCUCACCAACACAAGGAUUGGCUGGCUAACAUUUUCAUGCCUGUUUUUAUACCAGCGACCAGAUAUCCAAUCCUGUUUUUUUUUAUUUUAAGGUUUAGGAAAGAAGUAUUGUUUCUUAUUCUUUUUUUUGUUUUUUGGGUGACCAUGUCAUUGCCAAGCUCGGAAAAUUCACAGCUAAUCAGAAUGAAUGAAAAACCUUGAUCUAUAAAGUCAAGUUUCAAAUCAUGAUCAGUAAACUAUCGAUAAUUGCUGAAACAUGCAAAAGAAUAGGAUGACUGUUUUUCACUCCUUUUAGGACAGGUUGAAUUGUACAAGUAUAAACAUGUAAUGUUUAAGCCUGUCCGAAAGAAAUACAUCUAUGACAGGGACAAUAUGAUGUCUCAGAAGUACCUGAACAAAUCAAGUGUUGCGGCCUAUUAAGUUGAAAUGCCUUUCAAAUCAAUGCCAUGAGUGGGACUAGCCACAUUCUGUAUUUCUGAUCAUUCCACUGGCAAAACAAAAAAGGAUAUUUCUGAAAAUCUAAGGCCAUUUUCUGCAUGCUUUUAACACUGGUUCGUGUCUUGCUGGGUUAAACUUGGAACUAAACCUCACCGAUUGAUUGGUUUGGUGCACACCAGGGUUCAGAUGCUCACGUUUACAUUUGAUCAAAUGAACCAAAAUUGAACCCAACUAAAUAUUGCAAGUGUGAACGCACCCUAAAAUUUACAGCUCUUUAUUUAAUUACAGUACAUGCUCAUGAGCUUCUGUGCCCUGAAAUAUCACUAUCACGGCACCGGUCUUUAAAAAAACAAAGAGCGGUUAUUGCCAAUGGUGUUUUCAUCUAUUUUAAUGGACCCUUUACAGCUUUCUAUAAAACACAGAAUGAAGCAUAUGAAGUGGACUUGCACAAAUGGACUGUGUAGUUGUGAUGCUGAGCAAUAGUAGAAUAUAUCCAAAGACAACGUGGCAGUAUCACUGAAAUAAACUACUUGUGAUGAAUAUUAAACGUGUGUUUGUAAAGGAGAGACGAGACAUCAAUAUUGACAUCAAGCGUAAACCAAAUUAAAGAAGCAUUUGUUAAGGUAUUUAUCAUCCCUGUGUGAACCAGGUGGGAAUUUAUUAAAAAUUCUAACUUGGGGCCUUAAUGAACAAUACAGUACACCAAUUCAGGGAUGCAUGAGUGAUUUGAAUACUUAUUGUAGCGAGUCAGGGAAGUACUGUUGUUUAGUAGUGAUUGGCAGAAUAAUCAUUUCGUUGAUUGAUUGGCUUGAAGCAAAACAGAGUACACUACUGGUUGCAACCAGCAGAGGCGCUGUUGAUUCAAAUAGCUAAAGACGACGACAUGAUAGCAACUAAGGGAGGUAGAUCUAUGCCGACCUUGGGCAGCAUUAUUCUGCUAAAUACCUAUUGUCAUUGAAACAGGAGUUCACAACAUUCAAAUGAGAAAGAAAUCUAUAAAUAUAAAUAAGUUGUUAAUUUUGAGGUAAACUUUGCCCUGAUGGACUUUCAUGCUUUAAAUCAAAAAACUAGUCCUUGUUGCAGAUCAUGGUUAAAGGGGAACUGCACAUUAGGAGAAUUUUGCCCAUCAUUCACAAUCCUUAUGUGAAACAUAAACACAUUUUCUAUGCAUUAUAACGCAAGAAAACAACUUCAUAUGAGCUAGCUAACAAUGCACACACCGACACAACUAUUUUGACGCUUCAGCCCUAACAAAAAACUUCCAAAAACUGCCAACAGUGUUUAUUUAACUGACCUGUAUAUUAACCGAGCUACCGUGAUGUUGUUAUUUUAGUAGCUAACAUGAAGUACUAUAUUUCUGGCAUAGUGACAUCUUAGCAUCAUAACGCCUCAAGCUACUCCCUGGUAACACUACCUACUGGUGCUGAGAAUGUGUUAACGCUAAUUUAUAAAUUAUGCUUUGCAUGUGUAUUAAGGAAAGUGCUUGCAUUAAGCCGAAAAGUUGGUCAACUUUAAGAUUCCACAUGCUGUCAACAAAACCACCGAACACACCGAAGCAGUGGAUACCAGCUCUCAACUUACACCUGACGACAUUGCUACAAAGACUCAGCAAUAUGGUCUUUUUCUUUUUUUUAAACCUGAGAACUACUUUGAGCUUACCAUCUCAACAGGGUAAACACGUCAUGUGCUGGAAGAUACAGCUAUUCAGUUGGCAUCCCAUUGAGAGCAUAUCUUGUAAGUACUCACAAUAGCCUGAUCUGCCUUGCACAAAGCAACAUUAUUCUCUGUCUGGGGGAGGAGGCGUCUUACCUUGUUGACGGAAGUAGUGUAAGUUCCGAUCAAUUGGUCUGUGAAAUCAAUGCACCGACGAAAGACGUUCAAAAUACUGUAAGUAUUACAUGGUAUCAUCAAUGUACUUGUUCUUGCGUGAUCACAGCAUGUAUAUAAAAUGAAAAAACCUUGUUAGAGGAUUUUUUUAGAGGGCUUUGUGGUCCAAAUAGGUGGGUCCCAAUGACGUGCUUUUUUAGCUACCUCAUAAUAACCCAUUUUCUGGAGUUACAAUGCACAGAAAAAACGAAAUAUGUGUUCAUGUUUCGAAUAAGGAUUGUGAAUGAUCCAAAACUCACACAACGUCAGCCAUAAUUUCUGAUCUAUUCCAAAUUAUAGCAGCACAUGCACACAUUCACAGCUGGUUGGUUGGCUCCAAAACUGUCAAUCUAAAAUAUGGAUGAAUUCCACUGAAAGUGGUGAGAAUGAGUCUGACAAUGGCAAGAAAAAAUGCAUCACUGUUGAAAAGUGUGCAUUCAGUGAUGAUGAAUGACUUGUUAAGCUUUGCAAAUAUACACAAUAACUUACUGUCCAUGUAAUUGCAAAGCAUUUUUAUUGAAUUCUAUGACACCAUAAAUGACAAAUGUAUGAAACCGAUGUGGCUUUGAUUUAUUUCCCUACAUGAUAAUUGGUUUUCUGAUCUGGUGCAUCUUUUAGUCAGGAAAUUGUGGUGUCAAACUGAAUUUUGUACCAAAUGUUCCCAUUGCGGGCUGCACGGUGGACGAGUGGUUAGCACGCAGCUGCGACCCUCGUGAGGAUAAGCGGUAGAAAAUGAAUGAAUGAACAUUCCCAUUGCCUACACUAGGUGGCAAUGUGUCUAUUUGCAUACACAGCCAGGUUCCAAGUGCUUGAGGCACCCUGCUCGGCAAUCAAGUCAGCCUUUUAGAUUCCCAGCAUGCUCGCUGCCUGAUCCUGCCCUGACAUCUGUUGACGCUUUCAACUCACCCCAGCUUUGCAUUACAGGUGCCGU